UCGAUCGCUCUGGUAAAAGGUAGUAUUAUCCACGGACCAAAGGGCAUGAAUAUUUUAGUAUAACAGCGCGAUCAUGACUUCUUAUGACUACGUUUUAAAAGACGGCGACUAUGACACUAGUUGCGAUUACUUGGAAUUCCCGAAUCCUGCCUACAUUAAGCAAUGUUAUCGGAGGGCCCAUACUAUAUGCCAAAAAGCUGGUAUAACCAUUGACGAUAUUGUUCGGAUGCGGCCGAAAUUCUGGGGAUUCAACCGUCACUUGGUUGCAAUGAGAGACCCGGCCGUAUCGACUAUUCUAGGUAUCCACUGGAACUUAUGUAUGGGGACUAUCGCGAGAUUUUCUCACGAUCAACCACAUCUCGUUAAGUUACUAGAAGACCUUGAAAGAUUUGACAUCUGCGGCGAGUUCCUUCUAACUGAGGUUAGCCACGGACUAGACGCCUAUAAUCUUGAAACGACAGCAACACUUCUUCCAGAUGGAUCUUUUGAGCUACACACAUCUAACUCAGGAGCUGCUAAAGCUAUGCCGCCCACCACCCCCUGGGCUGGCAUGCCUCGUGUGGGAGUAGUAUCUGCGAGGCUCCUCGUGGGCGACGUUGGCCGUGGCGUGAGACCCUUCGUCGUGAGGUUAAACGACGCCAACGAGAUGUCACCCGGCGUCAUAUCACAACCUCUCCCGAAGAAAAGCGGUUCAAAAGCACUUGAUCACGCCAUCACAACUUUCAACCGAGUCCGUCUUGGUUCGGACUCGCUCCUAGGUUCGUUAAACGUAUCAUCAAACGAACGGUCCGAUUUUCUCGACCUGAUCUCGAGAGUCUCAGUCGGGACACUAUCCUUUUCCAUGGGGAAUAUCCCUGCCCUUCGACAAGCCGCCUACAUCGCCGGUACCUACAGUCUAAGAAGGCACGUAGCCGGCAACAGCCCUAGCCAGAGAGUACCGAUAAUUCGAUUUUCAACGCAAUAUAGGCCAAUUCUUAAUGCUCUAUCUCAAGCUUUAGUCUUUGAUGCGUUUGCAGAAGAUGCAAUUAAGAUGUUUUGUCAAGGGGGGUUGAGUUCCGCCGUCAACCAUAGCGUAGCUACGUGUUUUAAAGCAACUGUCGGCCCAGCAACACAAAUCACACUCGUACAGUUGGCUGAUCGCUGUGGAUGGCAAGGCCUUUUCAAUUAUAAUCGAAUCAUCGAAAUGGCAUCGACUUUAAAGGGCAACGGAAUCGCAGAAGGCGACUAUACGGUCCUUUGCAUACGUCUAGUAUCUGAGGUAUUACUUGGACGUUAUGAGCUACCACCCGCAAAGAUAAAGGAUUGUCGUUUGGCAAGACAUGAGGCUGGUGUCUGGCAAGAGGCACGGGACACACUAGCAUCAGUAGCUAUGAGUAGUCAUCGAGGAAAAGCAUACAACACGUACAUAUUACCUCGAUCCCGAGCAUUAGUUGAGGCAAGUGGCCACCGGAUGGCUUAUGAAGCUGCACUUGAUAAGGAAGGCUUCUCUCGGGAGGUUCUUGCUUUGUUUGAGUCAACGUGUGUCAUGUCUGACUUGGGUUGGUAUUGCAUUGACGAAAAUGGUAGCAGGCAAGAACUUCUUGCUUACGACGCAGAAGUUGCGGAAAAGCUUUUACCGCGUUUAAGGGAGUUAUUGAGCGAGACAGGUGCUGCUUCCUGGACCACAGCACCCAUUACAAGCACGGAAGCUUGGGACGAACUUCUUAGGAAAUUGCCGGUAUAUCGGUGUAAUGGUACCAACAGAGAAAAGCCUCGACUAUAGGGGUUUCUUGAGGUAUUAGGUUCCCUAGCAGCAUUCUAAUGCCGUUCUUGUUCGACCACGAUGUUCUGGUAAAAGACCGACAUAUUAAUACCAAGAUAGGUCUUGAAGAUUAGAAGUAUAGGUCUUCAUUGGUGCCUAAACUCUG